CUAAAGGCGGCGGGGUGGCAGGUAUGAUGAUGGUGAAGUUGGCUGCCCUCGUUUUCUUGGGCAUGGGGGCUUUCACGUUGCUGGUCAGAGCUGAGAAGCUGUGGACCCAGGUGGAGAUGGAACACGCUUGGUCUUGCCCUUGGAAGUGCAUUGUGUUUGUCCAGAUGUGGCCAGGUUCGUUCUGUGUGGCUCUAGGAAAAAGGUUCGAGUGUGUGAUGCCGAAAAACGCAAGCAACUGGACCAUCCAUGGCUUAUGGCCCAGCAAACUCAUGGACUGCUGCCACUACUGGAGUCUCUUCCCCUCUGACCUGGCGGACCUGGAGACUGAGCUGAGCCUCCAUUGGCCCACCUUCAUCAACAUGACCAACUUCUACUUCUGGGCGAAAGAAUGGCAGAAGCAUGGGACCUGCGCUGGCUGUGUUGAAAUGCUGAAUUCUCCCAAUAAAUACUUCAAAGCGGCUCUUUUCCUGCGCACCAAGUAUAAUGUUGACAGGGCAUUUCAAAGAGCUUCUAUUGCCCCAACCUGCAAGCACAGCUACCAGCUCAACACUUUUGUGGCCACUUUACACCCCAUCCUGGGAGACCAGUUUGAGCUGCAGUGUGUGACUGAUGUCCAGGGACGCCAAAUCCUGGUGCAGAUAAAGGUUUCACUGUACAGCAAUUUCUCGUCGGGCUGCUUCACGGGACCCUACAACAUCUCUCCUUAUAAGCCCUGCAAGCCCCAGAGUGGGGUUUUCUAUUUUCCUCCCAGUCCAGAGAACCCACGCAAUCCCUGUCCUUGAUCCAAGUCCAGAAGAAGAGCCGUCCGGAAGCUGGAGGAGCUCUGUGAGGAGCCGGAAUAAAACUAUUAAAAACUG